AUGUUUGAACAGACACUCCUUUAUGGACAACAAGGAGCACAAGAAGCCAUUCAAUUUGAGCAUGACCCCGAGAUUCAUCUGCAGCUGGGAACGUCGGGCUGGUCGGAGUCGAUGCCGGAAGAUGAUCUACAGUAUGAAAAGAUGACGCGCGCAUGGCCGAGGCAUUGUUUGGGGCAAAUACCCAGUGCUGAGAUUGAUGAUGUCACGAAAAUUCUGGCGUUGAAUCCACGCUAUAAUAAAAACGCCUAUCCCACACAGCAUAUAGACCGUCCAACGGAGGUGAAAGUGCAAAUGUAUGUGGAGGGAAUGUCAUCAUUUCGGGCACAAUCUAUGGAUUUCCAAAUCGACAUUUAUUUGCAAGAAAUGUGGAUCGACGAACGAUUACGACAUAAUAAUACAAAGCGGAUAUUGAUCAAGGAUCCAAAGUUAUUUGGCCUUAUCUGGCAUCCCGACCUGUAUUUCGCGAAUGCUCGUACAGCCUCAUUCCACGAGGUAACCAUGCCCAAUUUCUUGGUAUGGAUCUAUCCGAAUGGGACUGUAUGGUAUGAUGCCCGCGUAUCCGGGGCCAUACUAUGCGCACAGAAUCUUGCCAAAUACCCACUGGACCGUCAGAUGUGCUAUUUGCGGAUAUUGUCAUAUGCCUAUGAUAACGAGCAAUUAGUGAUCUCCUGGAAUGGGGAAGUGCCAAUUGAUGUGAAUAAGAAGAAUCAAAUGCCCGAUAUGAAACUGAUAAAAACGGAAUUUCGAAUACGCAAUGAUACCUAUGCCACUGGCGUAUGGUCGUGUGCAUUGGCGGAAUUCUACGUGGAUCGGGAGAUAAUGCAUCACAUCAUUCAAUCCUAUAUUCCCACGACGCUAAUUGUCAUUAUUUCGUGGUUCUCGUUUUGGUUGGAUGUCGAGGCCGUACCAGGCCGUGUCUCGCUCUCUAUCACCACUCUCCUCACUCUCGCCACCCAGAGUUCAGCUGCCCGGAUGGCCCUUCCACAGGCGUCAUACGUGAAAGCAAUCGACGUGUGGAUGGGUGCAUGUAUGGCAUUUGUAUUCUCGGCCAUGAUCGAAUUUACGGUCGUAAACUAUUGCACGAGAAGGAAACCACAUAGAGGGGGAACAGGAGGAAGAGGAGCUGGACAAGAAGUACGAGGAUUGACACAGCAGAUACAUGAUCUUGUGAGGGAAUAUCGACAGCAGAGGGAGCAACAGGAUAAGCUGCAAUCCUCGGCCGUCUAUGAAUGUUCAUCCCUGGUCAAUGGGGAUGGACAGACACAAUCUGUGCUGAAUAAAAGACAAAUGAGAGGAGGAGAUCCAUCUACAGCCACUGACACCCCUCAACCAUACUUCUUCCAAAGGAAUAUCAUCCCCUCUACAAGGAGGAAAAAGAUUGAAGAAAGGAUCAACCGCGUGGAGGAGAACCGUAAAUAUGCUCAAAUGAUCGACAGAAGAAGUCGCGUCUAUUUCCCCCUCGCAUUUAUUAUAUUCAAUGCAAUCUAUUGGCUAUAUUAUCUGAUGCUGGCCCCCGAUCAUAUUGAUGAUUUGGAAGAG